ACUCCACGGAUGCUGCAUCAUUACGUAGGACGUCAUCGCGUCUCGCGCGGGAGCUUUGGUUAUCGAACAGCCUAAAUUUGAGGGAAACAAGAAGCGAGAAGGUUUUGUUACCAUGGCGAUGAGGAGUGAGGCCAGGGUGGAGGCAGAGGUGGAGGAGGAGGAAAACUUUGGGCCACAGCCUCUGUGUAGACUUGAGCAAUGUGGAAUCAGUGCCAGCGACAUCAAAAAGCUGGAGGAUGCCGGCUUCCACACCAUCGAGGCUGUCGCCUACGCUCCAAAGAAAGAGCUGCUCAACAUCAAAGGCAUCAGUGAGGCCAAAGCUGACAAAAUUCUGACUGAAGCCGCCAAACUGGUGCCGAUGGGUUUCACUACUGCUACAGAGUUUCACCAGAGGAGAGCCGAGAUCAUUCAGAUUUCUACAGGCUCCAAGGAGCUCGACAAACUGCUGCAGGGAGGAAUUGAGACCGGCUCCAUCACAGAGAUGUUUGGAGAGUUUCGGACGGGGAAAACCCAGCUGUGUCACACACUUGCUGUCACCUGCCAGCUGCCCAUCGAUCAGGGGGGAGGAGAAGGUAAAGCCAUGUACAUCGACACAGAGGGCACGUUCAGACCAGAGAGGCUCCUCGCUGUCGCUGAGAGGUAUGGGCUGGUGGGCAGUGAUGUUCUAGACAACGUGGCGUACGCUCGAGCUUUCAACACAGACCAUCAGACCCAGCUGCUGUACCAGGCCUCCGCCAUGAUGGCCGAGUCCAGGUAUGCUCUGCUGAUCGUGGACAGUGCCACAGCUCUGUACAGAACAGAUUACUCCGGUAGAGGAGAGCUGUCAGCGAGACAGGGACACCUGGGACGGUUCCUCCGCAUGCUGCUCCGACUGGCAGACGAGUUUGGCGUUGCCGUUGUGAUAACCAACCAGGUGGUAGCACAGGUGGAUGGGGCGGCCAUGUUUUCUGCAGAUCCAAAGAAACCUAUCGGAGGCAAUAUCCUGGCUCACGCCUCGACCACACGUCUUUACUUGAGGAAAGGUCGAGGAGAGACGAGGAUAUGUAAGAUCUACGACUCCCCGUGUUUACCUGAGGCUGAGGCCAUGUUCGCCAUCAAUGCUGACGGAGUCGGUGACGCCAAGGACUGAAGAGCAGGAAACAGCAGAGGGUGGUGGUCGUUUCUGUCAUUCCUGCUGAUUCACACAGGACUAAGUUUUCUAUUUCAGUCUUCACCUGCAAUACCGCUGUCACGCAAAGCCUGAUGGGAUGGCGAGGGACGGUGGGAAGGGGUUUCGUUUGGAUGAGGUGGUCCAGGCUGUAGAUCUGACUUUGGAGCUCACAUAUGAAAGAUUUAAUGAUUUCUUCAAAGUGACAACAAACUGCCCUCAACUCAAGAGAAAUAAAACUACUCAGACAUUUAUAAGAAAAGUUCUUUUUCACUUUUAACAUAUAAUAUGACUUUACUUUCUUGUUACAAUCCGUAUGUGAAGAAUUAAAAAUAGCCUGAUGCAACUAGAACAAAACACUUGUAUCAAAAUCCAUGCUUUGUACUUAAUAACAAGAUCUUUGUCUCAUGAUUGCGAAAAAAUUUUAAAACAUAACUCGAAUUUCAAGAUCUUUGUUAUAACAAUAAAUCUCCCAGUAGCAUCCUUAAUUACAAAAUCAUAUAAAGAAAAUCUGUAACCAACAAGAUAAGGAACUUUUUCAUGACUUUAUAGUCUUAUUUUCUCUGUUGAAUGCAGUUUGUCGCUGUUGUUCUUCUGCAGUGUUGAAAAAUAAUUUGUAAAUUAUUUUAAAUAAUUUGUGAUGUCUUGUUUUUUUUGUUUUCAGUUAGUUUAUGUUUCUUUUGUGUGCUGUGUGUAUAAUUAGGAUGUCUGGCAGUAAAAUAUUUACUCCAAGAGGAAUGUGAGGAUGAAGACAAUCUGGCGGUCUAUUUUUCUCUCCUGGGUUUAAGACUCAGAAGAUAAGCACCAGGCAGGAUCAUUCAAAAAUCAACCCUGAUAAACAAAAAAGGAAAUACUUUAAGCAUCUUAGUAGAAGUAAAUACUGGAUGUUGCACAUGUUAGUGACUGACAAUAGAGGCUUUUUUCACAAAAAUUAGCCUGACAAACAUUUUCUCUACCGCUGCUAAAGUCAUUAACUCAGGAGGGAAAAAACCUACAUCGAUCAAACUUAUAAAACAGUAGACUUCUUUUUUUUUUGUUGCCUUACAUUCCUCAAAGGCUUCGGUCUUCAACUGUUCAUGGGGUGUGAAGCCAUUGUUGUUGGGUUGUAGAUGUGUACCUGAAAAAAAGUAUGUGGUAGAAAGUCUAUGAUGCGCUUUUAUUUUGAAGGACGUCUCCAUCUCUGUUUUGUUUCAUCUUUAGAUCCAUUUUAAGUCUGAACUGCCCCAUUUUUCAUUAAAAACCUUUGUGACUUAAAAUGUAAAAAUUUGGAUUGUGAUUUGGCGUAUAGGAGGUUGUGGUGGAUCCUGACACUCGACCAGUUUAGAACCACUGCUCUAAGAGUUUCUGGUUUAAUGCUCUUUGACGUUAAUUUGGCCUACAGUCUAUAAUUUAGCACAUGUAACUUCUUAUACAGCAUUAUUUUCUCCUUUUUCAGCUCGUACAUGCUGCUGCUUUGUCUACUUUAUUUCUGACCUUUUGUAUAUAAACCUCUAACAGCUAAAUUAAAUUUCUUUUACAAUUAA